AUGUUCCGGCGGUCGUCAUACGCUUCGGUAGCCGCGGGAAGCGCUGCCGGCAGUAGCCAGUCACAGGCCUUUGCUCCAACGCGGUCCGGUGCCUUCUCCCACCUGGUGAAUACCAACUCCAACUCCGGCCCGCAAGCAGCACACUCGUCGAUAAAUCACCCGCGACACCAAUCCCGAACUAUCGACGCCGACGGCCAUUACAAUAGCAUGUCUACAUCGUGGGGCCGCGCCGCGCCGUUGCCGUCGUAUUCGAGUCAGUUUGGCUAUCUGAAUGGGUUUGGGGGUGCGGGUCAGGACGGAUUGGCGUCGUCGUCUUUCUUUGUGCCGUCGUACCUGCGGGGAUCGAAAUAUGCAGAGAAGCUGGAGGAGGCGCAUCGGGCGAAGAUGGCGGCGCAGCGGGAAUACAGGUCAAAUCACUCGUCAAACGCAGGAUCGUUAUCGACAAGUUCCAGCAGCGUCAAUCUCCAUAAGAUGGUCCCCUCGCAUCGCGGCAUGACGCAUGAUAUCAUCGAAAGGGCACCCGUGCAAGUGGACGAGCCAAUCGCGCCGUGGCCGACGAGGUGGAGCGACACGGACAAAUACGCGCAGUUGGAGGUGCUCGAGGAUGGGCGGAAUGCUAAGUUCUCUGGCACGCAGAAGUCGCACGAUGAGGCUGCUUCGGUGCGUGCAGACUUCCCCAUGCCACGGCAAUGUGGCAUAUAUUAUUAUGAGGUCACGGUGGUGACCAAGGGCAAAGAUGGCAGAAUGAUUGGUGUCGGAUUUUCAGGCCCCAAAGUUCCCCUCAGCAGGAUACCGGGAUGGGAGCCGGAGUCAUAUGCAUAUCACGGUGAUGAUGGACAGUCCUUCAGCAAUACAACCUCCGGGAAGCCUUUCGGGCCCAAGUUUGGAACGUUGGACGUUAUUGGCUGUGGUAUAAAUUUCCGGACCGGCACGGCAUUCUUUACUAAGAAUGGCGUUUUUAUUGGCAAUGCUUUCAAGGAUCUGAAGACAGAUCGGCUGUAUUAUCCAACAGUCGGCAUGAAGAAACCACAGGAGACUCUCAGAGCCAAUUUUGGCCAGGAACCCUUCGCUUUCGAUAUCGACAAAAUGGUCCAGGCUGAGAAGGAAUCAAUACAGGCCGAAAUAUCCAAAGUCACGCGAGAUGAAACCGCCCUCGUCCACGAACUCGUCUCCCAAUACCUCGCACACGACGGCUACGUAGAAACCGCGCGCGCCUUCUCAGAAGAAGUCGUAGAAGAAUCAAGAGCUCUCGCUAACGACGAUUCUGCCGAUCACACACAAGCCUAUUACCCGUCUGUCCUGCACAACAACGAGAACAUCUACUUCAAACUGCGGUGUCGGAAAUUUAUCGAAAUGAUCAGACGUUGCAACGAACUCAGCGCACAAUACCAGCCUCUAGUCCAGUCGAAUGCGUCGAAUGGAGCAAAGAGAACGAGUGUGGCGACAGAUGAAUAUGAUUUUGAAAUGGAACUUGAUGAACAGCUUGGCAUUGGCGUGCAUAACAACUCCUCCUCCACCAACAAUACUACGAAUAACGGGACCAGCAAUAUUCCAUCGUCAUGGUCCAACAACCUCAACACCCCCAUGCUAGACACGGACACGGACAUCUCCAACACACAAACGAAGCUCUCCCACCUCACCGACGAAACUAUCAAAUACGGCAUGGAGCUAAAACAAGAAUUUGCCUCGGACCCGCGGCGUGAAGUAAAGAAAGCUCUCGAAGACACGUUCGCGCUAAUUGCAUACGAGAAUGUGGAACGUAGUGCAUUAGCCCCGUUGUUGGAGAAGGGAGGUAGGGUGCCGGUUUCUGAGGAGUUGAAUGGGGCGAUCUUGGUUUCUUUAGGAAAAUCUAGUUCAGCAGCUCUAGAACGGUUAUGUCAGCAGGCGGAAGCUUUGGUCGGAGAAUUAGCGGAAGAUGGCGGGCCCGGCGCGUUUAUUAAUGUUAAGAGGGAUUUCUUGCAGUAG